CUCGCCUUCCCCGUGUUUUCAUCCCCGCACAUCUCGUCACCAUGAAGUGGUUCCUUUGCCCAAAUAGGAAAUUUUCCCCAUCCAGAACUGUAACUCUGGGUAAAAGUCCCCGCGGUCGUUGAAUAACCUCUACGCUAGUCCCCACGUUUCGUUAGAGACUCUUGAUCUAAGUGGAAUGGGAGAUAGAGUAUGUUGAUUUCCUAGGAUAGAAAGAAAUUCCGCGGAUGAAGCAAAGACAACAGGCUAUGAAUAUGGAUAUCAAUCCUUCUUCUCCUCGCUUCAGAAAGACUCGAGCAAACUUUUGUAUCGUUUCUAGGAUAGUCUUUAGCAAUCAUGUCCAGCGUCUUUGCUACAGAAGCCUUUAAUCGGCUCUCCCAGCUGGGACCACCUCAGACAAUCGCCGAUAUGGCUGCCCUGGGUACAGUUGGUAUUGCAUCGGCGGCAUAUCUUCUACGCGGGAUCGUUUGGGAUAAGCCAGAUCCUUAUCAUCAUAUUUGGUUCGAACGGAUGGGUUCAAAAGAUGGUACCUCUUCAGGACCGAAAGCAACCCGUGAUAUUGCGAAGAAGAUGGAGGAGACUGGCAGAGACGUAGUCAUAUUUUGGGGUUCACAGUCGGGCACAGCAGAGAUGUUUGCCAACAGACUCUCAAAAGAGUGCCAUUUGCGCUUCGGUCUACAAACCCUCUGCGCUGACCUGUGCGACUACGACCCUGAGUCUAUCGCCAACCUUCCCCAAAGCAAACUCGCCAUUUUCAUAAUCUCAACAUACGGAGAAGGCGAUCCCAGUGAUAACACAGCUGCAUUCUGGGAGUGGCUCCACAAGAAUUCCGAUGUUCAGCUACCAAACCUGCGGUACAUGGCCUUCGGUCUGGGCAAUACCAGUUACCGAUACUAUAACCGUGUUAUCGAUGUUGUUGCUGAUUCCCUUGACAAGGCUGGUGCACAGAGGUUGAUGCCUGUGGCUAAGGCCAAUGAUGCUCAGGGUGGCACAGAAGAGGACUUUCUCUCCUGGAAGGACGAUCUGUAUACUCACUUUCAGACCAAGUUGGGCUAUGAAGAGCGAGAUAUACCAUAUGAGCCAAGCAUUCAGCUUGUAGAGGACGAGUCUCUCGAUAUCAUGGAUCUCAACCUCGGCGAGCCUAUUCAGAACCGAAGCGGACCUGCAAAGAUUGUCAAGCAGUACUCGCCUAUCCGACCUUUGACGGUUCAGUCAUCACACGAGCUCUAUACAUCGCCCGGGCGGAAUUGCCUGCAUAUGGAGCUCGAUAUUUCAGAUCAUCCUGAACUUCGAUACCGGACUGGCGACCAUCUUGCCGUCUAUCCUAUCAAUCCUGAUCACGAGGUACAACUUCUUCUCAAGGCUCUUGAUCUCGAGGAACGAGCUGAGAAGCCUCUUCUUGUUCAGCCCCUUGAAGAAGGUGUAACAAUCAAGAUUCCCAGUCCGACAUCUGCACUGGCCCUUUUCCGACAUUACCUCGAGAUCUCAGCUCCUGUAUCUCGAGAAACUGUUGGCCAACUGGCACGAUUUGCACCUUCAGCAGAGAUUGCUCAGAACUUGACAACUCUAGGCAAGAGUAAAGAGUCGUAUGCGGAAUAUAUCGCCAGGGACCAUAUUACUCUCGGUCGCCUUCUGAGACUUGUUGCUCCUGGGUCUGUUUGGGACAAACUUCCACUAUCUUACGUUGUUGAGACUUUACCGGCCUUACAGCCGCGCUAUUACUCCAUCUCGUCAUCGAGCACUGUCUCUGCACGCAAACUCUCGAUCACGUGUGGUGUUGAUAACUCGCCUCUUCAACAAGAUCCAAGUAGGUCCAUCCGAGGUAUCACGACUAAUUACCUCUACGCUCUUGGGAAAUCUAUCAACGGCGAUAAUGAGCAACCUGAAAUUGGACCUGACGCUCCGACAUACGCCUUGUCUGGUCCUGGUGAUGCUCUAAAAGACCACAAGAUCUUUGCCUGUCUGCGACGAUCAAACUUCAAACUUCCAACAAUGAGCUCAACGCCUCUCAUCAUGAUCGGCGCUGGCACCGGUCUCGCUCCCUUCCGCGGAUUUAUUCUUGAGCGAGCUCGUCUCAAAGCCGUUGGAAAGCCCAUUGGCAAGAUGAUUUUAUUUUUCGGAUGCCGCGCCCCUGAUCAAGACUACCUCUAUCGGGAUGAACUCACCGAGGUUGCGAAAGAACUUCAAGGCAGUCUUGAAAUUGUUACUGCGUUCUCCCGUGCAGAUGGGCAGCCAAAGAAGUAUGUUCAAGACACAGUUGAGGAGAGGAAAAAAGAUGUAUGUGAUCUUCUUCGAGAUGGUGCGAGCAUCUACUUCUGCGGUCGAGCAUCAAUGGCAAGAGAGGCUGGCAAUGUAGUGGAAGAGUCAAUGAAGAUGCAGAAUAACUGGACUGAUGCUGAAGCUAGGAGCUGGGCUGAAGCGGCAAAGAAGGGAAACAAGUGGCUUGAGGAUGUCUGGGGCUGAGCUAGUGUGACGAAGGCAUAAUAUGGCGUUUGGGUAAAUAGAGCAUUUUUUUGGCUAAUUUUUUGAACAUUUAGCUUCAAGGUCUCUUCGACGAGAGCGUCUGAAACAUAACUAAAUGGUAGUCUGAAGGUGAGGCCGAGACUAGUGUUAGUGAAGCCAUUUAGAAGGCUGCUGUUCGGACCGCCAUGAGGGCCAUGCAACCUCUGGUUUAGCCUCGCUUGAAGACAGGAGAGUGUCUCUUAUCACAU